AUGACUAGCGUCAGUCGUGACGCGGGUAGAGGACGCGUCAAAGACGUCAAGAGAAACCUCUUUGGAACAGUUGAUCAUAAGCAAAUUCGAGACGAUUUAGCCAGAGAGUUAAAGUACAUGUCAGAAGAAAAGAAAUGCCAGUGGAAUUUUGAUUUUGAGAAUUGUCAACCGCUUUCAGGUAGAUUCAAGUGGCAGCGAGUUGGAAAGAGACUACAAACCCGUAAAUCGCCAACCGAAGGGAUUUCUACGUGUGACACGGAAUCUUCCGAAAAUUUCUGUCGCCAAAACAUUGUCGAUCCUACCCACUCUGCCGCAAGGUAUAAUCUAAGAACUAGAGGCAGAGAAGGGGAAAGCAUUCCAAGGAGUGGUUUCGUACCGAUCGACCCUUCGCGGAAACGUUUACGAGAGUUUGGCGAUGCGCCGGCUGGAAAUAGAAACAAAAAAGUCGCAGGUGAAUUUUAAAUUGUUAUUUGUGUCAUUAUUAAUACUUAAAGUUACACAGACGGUCAAUCAGAUUUCAAGCGAAGUUGUUAAGAGAUUAUUUUUCUCUCCUUCUAGGUAAUUGCGUGAAACAGAGAAAUUCUAGAGAAAGAAGAGCCAAAACUUCGGUAAUAAAGCGACCUUACGAGGCUAAGAGAGCUCGACGUUGAUAGAACCGUAAUAAAAUGUUUGUCUGAAAUUUUGCAACUGUAAAGUUGGGUCGCAAGUUAUCUGCGUCGAGAUUAAAAAUCUUCUCUCGUGGGUUAUUGCAUACGAUGUAAAUUUACAUCCAGCAAACCGAAUUCCGUGAGAUUAUUAUCCUUCAGACAAAUCAAUGUUUGAGUUUGUACAAAGAAAAAUUCCCGCUUUUUAUAGUGAGAGAGUAACGUGUAACGGCAAGACGUACUGUAUAUUCUACAGAAAAUCAAGUUUUAUUUUCUCUUUUAAUGCUCUCGUGCACAGCUUCUUUCGCGGAGCGGAUGUCAUCGAUUCAGUUUAGUUUUGGCCAAAAUAUUUUGUUAGCGUCGCUUUCCAUGGUUGAAAGAGCACAAAGUACAAGACGACGCGGAUCCACCACUGGAAAAUCAAAUAAUCGAUUAAAAAGCUUACUUUGUAAAUAACAGAACUGAAAUCAGAGUUUACUUAAGAUUAUAACAGUAAACUUUAAUCAAUGUACCUUUUUUUUUUUUUAGUCUAGCUUUUAAGUUGUAAAAGAAAAGCCGAUAUUUUUGUUGUCAUGCGAGUGAUCUGGUGAUCUCGGGCCACUUUCGCGGCAAAAUUUCAGAGAUAUGACAGAUGUUGUAAGGUAUUGUUGUGAAAAAAAGAAAAGAUUUCAGCAGCAUGUUAUUAGCAGCAAUUUAAAAGUAUGUUCGAUUCGAUUUCUAAAGAAAAUGUUACAGAUGUUGUGCCCACCUUCUCUUUUUUUUCAACAGGCUAUUAAUUGAUUUAACGUCUGUGUAUAGUCAUCGAUCGAUUCUUCUUUGUAACGAUCGGGUACGUUUGACAAUUAAUUGACAGCCAUAGUAACAGGAUUACAAUCUGUUAUCGAACCAGCAAUCAAACCUCUCUGGGAAAUGGAACAAUCCGUUUAAUUAUAAACAACAGUGAUAAUUGACCGUCAAAAGCUAAGGUAAAGUGAUGAAUUAUAACGAUUUUGUGUUUUGAUGAUACUAUGCAUUUUGACACAAUAUCCAAUAGAUUAUUAGAUAUAAAUGUUUAUAACUAGAUAGUUGAAUAGCUGAAGUAAAUCUCAAAAUAUCAUUGAAAGUAGAGAAGACCUUUUGAAAUGAUUAAUUCCAAUGAAAGACUUCAGUAAUGGUGAUUUUUCUACACGUUUCUGUAGGGUGUCUAAUUUCAUUUGACGGCAUUCUUGAAUUUGGCGUAUGUGCCCACUUCAGUUUCACGCUGAGACAUGCGUCCCCCUUGCGGAAAACAAAUGAAGUUUUCUUUGUUUUUCGUUGCGUGAAACAAUCGGUUUACCUUUCAAGUCUCAGGCCAGACCGUUGAAAAGGCUUGCUUUUAAUCUGUUGAGGAGAAACAAACAGGGUACACAGUUUUUUAUGCAGGAAAAUGCGGGGGAAAAGUGUUUUUUCUUGUAAAGAGUUAUCUUUUUCCUCGUUGAUGCAAGUUUAGGCUGCCUGUUAGAGCACGAACACCUGGAGCAAACUUGGAAAUGCUUUCCUCCAUAUGCCAUGGGUUUUCUGUGAGAAAGUUAUUUUGGAAGUUGGGUAGAUCUCAUGUUUCACCAAAUGAAUGAUUCACGUAACCCAGCUGGUUUCUUUUAGCUCAAAAUAGAAGGGAGAAAUCGAGAUUACAUUGUAUCCAGUCUGCGCAUCCAAUGUAGCAAUGCGCGACAUUGUGACGAGAUAAUCUCAACGUGGACCCCAACUCACGCGCGUUAGCUCUCUGUAGGAGAUGGUGUCGGCUCAAGGUGAAUCGAGGAAGUUCUCGGUAACAGGACGUUGAGGCGAAACCGCUGACUUUCCCUCAGUCCUUUCUUUGCUCAUCAAGCUAGGAAUAAGAGUGGAAAACGAUUUGUCCAUGUUUCAAUGUGACUAAGGCGUCUGCCACGCACUUGCAUUAUAGAUGACAAACGCAGCCCGAACGUGACGCGCGUAACUCGCCACGAGAGCCUCAACAGCUACUCAAAACGAUCGUAACGGGAUUGACCACAGCAACUCGAAAGCAACUCGCUGCAACGGUCGACAAGUGUCUACUGUUGCAAACAGAUCAUGUUUCAUCACUUACAGAUUUAAUGAGAAUCAUGAUCUUAUUUUCGCCUGCAGCGCGAUGUGAUGUGUUGAUUUGUGAUAUUGGAUAAAG